ACGGGGACCCCGGCCAGUGAGCGCCCGUGCCCCGGGGCCGCCCCUCUCGCGCGCUCUCCCGCCGCGAGCCCGGGCCGGUCUCGCCUCACAUGGUGCUGGCCGCAGCCAUGAGCCAGGACGCCGAGCCCAGCGGCCCCGAGCAACCGGACAGAGAUGCCCGCAGCGUGCCCGGUGCCCCGGCGCCCCCAGGCCUGCGAGGGAUGCAGCCGCCGCCGCCGCCGCCCCAAGUCAGCCUGCCCCAGAUCAUCCAAAAUGCCGCCAAGCUCCUGGACAAGACCCCGUUCUCGGUCAGUAACCCGAACCCGCUGCUUCCUUCGCCCGCCAGCCUCCAGCUGGCCCAGCUGCAGGCUCAGCUCACCCUCCACCGGUUGAAGCUGGCACAGACAGCCGUCACCAACAACACCGCGGCCGCCACGGUCCUCAACCAAGUCCUCUCCAAAGUGGCCAUGUCCCAGCCUCUCUUCAACCAGCUGCGGCAUCCAUCCAUGAUCAGCGGCCCCCACGGCCACACCGGGGUACCCCAACACACAGCCACCGUGCCCAGCACCCGCUUUCCCUCUAAUGCACUCGCCUUCUCACCCCCUGGCCAGACGCGAGGCCCAGGGCCCACGGUGAGCCUUCCCAGCCAGCCCCCCAAUGCCAUGGUGAUGCACCCCUUCAUGCCUCAGACCCCCACCCAGCCAGCGGUCAUCCUGGGCCUUGGAAAGACUGGGCCCGCACCCACUGCUGCAGGGUUCUACGAAUAUGGCAAAGCCAACUCUGGCCAGGCAUAUGGCUCUGAAACCGACGGUCAGCCUGGCUUCCUGCCAGCCUCGGCUGCUACCUCGGGCAGCGUGACCUACGAAGGGCACUAUAGCCACUCAGGGCAAGAUGGCCAGGCUGCCUUUCCCAAGGACUUCUACGGACCCAGUGCCCAAGGGUCGCAGGUGGCAGGUGGAUUUGUGGCUGAGCCAGCCGGGGCCUUGAAAGGCGAGGUGGGUCCCCUGCUGCAGGGUCCAAACAGCCAGUGGGAGAGCGCCCAUGGGUUCUCUGGCCAGAGCAAGCCUGAUCUUGUGGCAGCCCCCAGCCUGUGGCCCCCACCUCCCGGCCAGCCCUAUGAGCUGUAUGACCCCGAGGAGCCCACACCAGACAGGACCCCUCCUUCCUUUGGGGGUCGGCUCAACAACAGCAAACAGGGCUUCAGCGGAGCCCGGAGGCGGGCCAAGGAGGAGCAGGCAGUGCUGUCCCUGCGGCCUCUGCAAGCGCAUGAGCUGAAUGACUUUCACGGUGUGGCCCCCCUCCACCUGCCGCACGUCUGUAGCAUCUGUGAUAAGAAGGUGUUUGAUCUGAAGGACUGGGAGCUGCAUGUAAAAGGGAAACUACAUGCUCAGAAAUGCCUGCUCUUCUCUGAAAACGCCGGUGUGCGGUGUGUCCUCGGUCCAGCAGAGGGAACUCUGUGUGCCUCUCCCAACAGCACAGCUGUUUAUAACCCCGCUGGGACGGAAGAUUACACCUCAAAUCUUGGAACGUCAUACGCGACCAUUCCUGCGAGGUCGUUUACUCAGUCGAGUCCCGUAUUCCCUUCAGCUUCCCCAGGGACAAAUUUUGCCCAGCGGAAAACAGGCGCCGGCCGCGUGGUCCACAUCUGCAACCUGCCGGAGGGAAGCUGCACAGAGAAUGACGUCAUUAACCUGGGGCUGCCCUUUGGCAAGGUCACUAAUUACAUCCUCAUGAAGUCGACUAAUCAGGCCUUUUUAGAGAUGGCUUACACAGAGGCUGCCCAGGCCAUGGUCCAGUAUUACCAAGAAAAAUCUGCCAUGAUCAAUGGUGAGAAAUUGCUUAUUCGGAUGUCCAAGAGAUACAAGGAAUUGCAGCUGAAGAAACCUGGGAAGACCGUGGCCGCCAUCAUCCAGGACAUCCAUUCCCAGAGGGAGAGGGACAUGUUCCGGGAAGCAGAAAGGUACGGCCCAGAAAGGCCGCGAUCUCGAAGUCCAGUGAGCCGGUCGCUGUCCCCGAGGUCCCACACUCCGAGCUUCACCUCCUGCAGCUCUUCUCACAGCCCCCCGGGCCCCUCCCGGGCCGACUGGGGCAACGGCCGGGACUCCUGGGAGCACUCUCCCUACGCCAGGAGGGAGGAAGAGCGAGGCCUAGCGUCUUGGAGGGAGAACGGGGAGGACAAGAGGGAUAGGACGGACGCGUGGGCACAUGAUCGCAAGCACUACCCCCGGCAACUAGACAAAGCCGAGUUAGAGGAGCGACUGGAAGCGGGGAGGGGCUACAGAGAAAAGCACCCGAGGUCUGGGUCCCCCAACCCGCUCCACUCCGCGUCGGGCUACAAAAGCCGAGAAGACGGCUACCACCGGAAGGAGUCCAAGGGCAAAUCCGACAAGUACCUGAAGCUGCAGCAGGAUGCCCCGGGGAGGUCCAGGAAGAAAGAUGAGGCCAGGCUGCGAGAAGGCAGGCACCCCCACACCGACGACUCUGGCAGGGAAGACGGACUGGAGCCCAAGGGCACCAAGUCCAAACAGAGUGAGAAAAACAGAGCCAAGAGACCUGAUCGAGACCAAGAAGGAGCUGAUGACAGAAAAGAAAGGAUAGCAGAGAAUGAGGCUGGAAAAGAGGAACAGGAUAGCAUGGAAGAGAAUCCCCCAUCAGUGGGCAGACAAGAGAAGGAAACAGAAUCCUCCGAUACAGAAAACAGAAGAGCGAGGAAGGAGCAGGAUUCGGAGAGUGAAAGUGAGGCUGAGGGUGAGAGCUGGUACCCCACGAACAUGGAGGAGCUGGUGACAGUGGAUGAGGUAGGGGAGGAAGAAGAUUUUAUCAUGGAACCAGACAUCCCAGAACUAGAGGAGAUUGUGCCCAUAGACCAGAAGGACAAAAUCUGUUCAGAAAUAUGUCCCUGUGUGACGACUGCCUUAGACCUGGACUUCACCAAAGGUUUCGCCAAGGAGGGAGUCAAGACCAUCGGGAAUGGGGCUGCGGAAAUCAGCCUCAAGUCGCCCGAAGAACUGCCUUCUGCUUCCAUGGGCUGUCCCAGUGACAUGGACGUGGAGAUGCCUGGCCUAAAUCUGGAUGCUGAGCGGAAGCCAGCUGAAUGCGAGACAGGCCUCUCCCUGGAGGGCUCAGAUUGCUACGAGAAGCCCGCAAAGGGAGGAGAGAGCUCAGAUGUUCGUCUGGCCCCUCCACUUCUGCAAAUGUCUUCCCCCAAGCCAGCAGAGGAGAGGGCCUGGCAGCCCGGCCCGUUUCUCGAUGACUGCAAGGCCAGGGGGACCCCCGAAGAUGGGGCUGGUGAAGGCAGCACCCUGGAGGAGAAAGCCGGCCCCCCCACUGAAACCGACCUCCAAAGCCAGGCUUGCCAAGGAGCGUCGACCCCGGAAAACUCCAGGUACUCGGAAAUGAAAUCUCUGGACGUAAGGUCACUUGAAGACGCUGAAGUGGAGCUAAAACAGCCCCUUUCUUUGCCUUCCUGGGAACCAGAGGAUGUGUUCAGUGAACUUAGCAUUCCUCUAGGGGUUGAGUUCGUGGUGCCCAGGACCGGCUUUUAUUGCAAGCUGUGUGGGCUGUUCUACACGAGCGAAGAGAUGGCGAAGAUGACUCACUGCCGCAGUGCCGUCCAUUACCGGAACUUACAGAAGUACUUGUCCCAGCUGGCCGAGGAGGGACUGAAAGAGACGGAGAGGGCGGGCAGCCCACGGCCCCAGGACAGUGGAAUCGUGCCAAACUUUGAAAGGAAGAAGCUCUGACACCGCUGCUUGAAGAGGGAGAGGAGGGCCUGAGAAGUGGGGCCUUCCUGCCAGAGAGGAACGAAGACCAGGGAGCCCACGGCGGUGCCUGAGUCGGUCUGCAGAGACUCACGAAAGGCCCGGAGUGCCUCCCACUCGGAGCCUUCACCCCGGCGUGUCCAGUGACUCGUGUUUCCUUCGAACAGUUUUUCAAUUUGCUUGUCUCUCUUCCUCUCCAUCUCUCACUCCCUCCUCCUGUGCCCAUAAAAUCCAACUUCUCAGGGAUUUUCACAGUGUUCCAAUUCUUGGUGGGAUAGGAUAGGUCAAGCCAGGCUGAGUCCUCAAAAAAAAAAAAAAAAAAUUUCAUGGAGACUCCUGGGUCGAGAACCAUGUCUCUGCUUGGCAUCCUGUGUGUGGGGGGUGGGGGAGCUGAGUUCGAUCCUACAGUCCUGGAGUGGGGAAGCCUUGGACCACCAGCAGGCAGAAGCUGGGAGCUCCUCCAGCUCAACCACCUUUUUGAAAAGCCCUGAUUUUCAUAACUCUUUUGUCCUCUCCAUUGUUCUAGAAGCCCACCAGAUUCAAGCCUUAAAAUUUAAGGAGGGAAAGAGCCCUUUAUUUUGGAAGCUCUGAUCAUUUCCCUCCUGUUGAUUUCAGGAGAUGCCAGGGUUUGUUCUCCUCUGGAUAUUGAGUCUGGUCUAGAUUCACUUUAAAUAAAAAUGAAAACAGAAGCAUCUUCCCCCUCCAGCUAAAACAUUAGAAGGUCAAGACUUCAGUUGAAGACUGGUCUCCCAGACGUGCAUGGUUGGCUUGAGAGACACCAAAACAAGUAAAAGGCAUCCAUUCUUGACUCGUCCUUUGGUGCCUGCACACUGGGUACCAGCAGCCUCACAGUGGGAUGGUUUUUAAAUGGUCUCUUAGAGGCGGGGGCAGCUAAGGAGAGGGAAGGCUGCAGGACCGAGGAGCAUUGAGGGUUGCCAGGUGCCCUUUCCAAUUGGGCAGAAGGCCAAAGGCCUCUCAGAGUUAACCCCAUGUGCAGACUUUGAUAUUAAAUGUUACGAGGUGCAGAGCUCCUUCCCAUCGGGCUGUGGGUACUGAAGGUCUGUGCCUUCAGGUUCCUGGACAGGACAGGCUGCGGGAGUCUAGGCUGAGGUUCAUUGGGAGGGUUUGGGAAAAGGUGCUAGGGAAAAUGAGGCUCAGCUGUGCCCUGGAGAAACCCUUGAGAAGGUCAGAAGGGAGCCUGGGGCUGCUCCCUCAAGUGAGACACUUGACCGGAGGCGGCCGCCCUGGCUCAGCUCCUAGAAGACGGUGCCUGUUCUGUUCCUGACCACAAAUAGGUAGGCUAGGGCAAGAGUGCUUGUUUCAUUUUAAUGUUUUGCUUUUUUUUUCUUUUAAGGUAGAUAAGACUAUACUGUAUAUUCUGUUUUCUGUCCUCUGCACUAAAAGCAGAAGGUAGAGAGAUGGAUUAUUUGAGUUCCACACUGACAUCUGAUCAGUGAGAAAAUUAAGCCUCAGAAAGGAAGGGAAAAUAGAACACAAGGAUCAUGUGUAAACCUGGGGGCAGGUGGCAUCUGCAAGGAGAGAACCGCUGGGGACCUGUGAGAGAGAGGAGUUCAGGCAAGCUUCAAACAGACCAGCUUGAACAGGUGUAGAGGGAGGCUGCAGGCAGUGGGAAAUCUGAACUUGGCAUCAGGCAGCUGUGGGCCUCAGAAAGGUGAGUGUCUCAAAGAGAGUCGAGUUUGAAAACUGACUCAGCCCAGACCUGUUCCCCUGGCUGCCUUCUCUGGUUUUUACCCGGUAUUCUAGAAACCGGCUUCCCCCAUUUCUCGGAAACUCACCCUAUGUCUUUCUUCCCACUGGUGGGAAGUCAGGGGCCAACUCUCUGAACCUUGCUGGGAAAAACCUAAAGCCUAAAACUGUGCAUUUUUAGAGAAGCUGGCAGUCUUUUCUCCCAGCAUAGUGGAAGCUGACCCCACCAGCUCACCACCCCCCUACCAAGCAGUGUUUCCAUGGAAACUUGGAUGGCUGUUCAAACAGCCAUAUUCCCUAGUAAUUUAACGGCGCUCUCGCUGAUAGAUCGAACUUCCCUACAUUUUAAAGCUGGAGAACAGCCCUGGGAAGGAGAGAGAAGAAGCUCUUUGCGUUUAAUAAGAACAUUUUAAAAUUAAUUUUAAAAGUCAUCCAAGGUCCUAUAUUUGUGUGUAUAUAUAUAUUUAUUUUUAUUUAUUUUUAUACAAUUCCAUUGGCAUAGUUUCACCCACUCUAUAAUUUGCACUUUCUAUUCCUACGUGUGUCAUACACAAUGCAGUAUUAAAAGCAACCAGGAAAAUAUUGAUUUUUUUUUUAAAGCUUUUCUUCAGUGUUUGUUAACCAUUUCAAAAUGUCUCCCUGGAAAGGUUGUUCAACAGCAGCUGCUGUCUUGAGCAGCACAUUUACUCGUCCCCUGCAUUAAUAUAACAAAAGGCCUGUGUACUUUUUAUUGUAAACACCUGAAAUAAAGUAUAUCCACAGCGUAUUCCCGAAGAAUUUGGUACACUUGGUGUGAGCAGCAGCCAUUAGUAUCAAGGUUUCUCUUGACAGUCUGAGGCUGUGAUCUGUUAGAUUAUACUUGAACUGGACCAGAGUUUGAUUCUUGAGCUUGUGAGAAAAAGAAAACCAUUAGUUGAUUUAAGUUUGAACUUGUAAAGUAUUGGAAUUUGUUGAGUGUGUCCAAUUAAUCGUCACUUUUCCUGAUCUGUAUAAUUGACCUCAAGUGUUUGUUUUUACAAAAGGAAGAACAAAAAAAGAUUUUUAAUAAAGAGAAUUUGAAAGCUUG